AACACCAAAAAACACAAACGCUGUUACCUUGUUUCGGUUUUCUUUCUCUGUAACUGUCACAAAUAUAAGUAGUAUGGAGCUUGAACUUUUACGUCCAAGGGCAUUUUUGUCAUUACUCCUCCUGGCCUUCCUUCUUCCCUGCAAUUGCAUAGGAAUCGGGUUCCCCGCCUCGGGAAACGAGACGGAUAAACUCGCUUUGAUCGCAUUCAAGGAACGUAUAUCCAGCGAUCCUUUACGGGUAUUCAGCUCCUGGAACGAUUCCCAUUUCUGCAACUGGGAAGGAGUCAUAUGCGGUCGCCGACAUCCUCAAAGAGUCACUGCCUUGAAUCUUGGAUCCCGUGGAUUUGUAGGGCCCAUAUCACCUCGCGUAGCAAACCUCACCUUCCUCAGGCGUAUCAACCUCUCCGACAACUACUUCCAUGGAGAAAUCCCACGUGAAAUCGGCCGGCUCUUCCGGCUCCGAUUUCUUAAUCUGAGAGAUAAUGAGCUGAAAGGAGAAAUCCCCGACGAACUGUCCAACUGCUCCGAAAUCAGAUCCAUCCGUUUACAUCGUAACAAUCUCGUAGGCAGAAUUCCUGUCAAGCUCAGCUCUUUGUCAAAGCUCGUGCGGUUGGAUCUCCCAGGUAACAAUCUCACCGGCAACAUCCCAAAAGCACUCGGGAACCUCUCUUCUUCUCUUACUACUCUCCAACUAGGUACGAACAGUUUGGAAGGAAGCAUCCCAGAUGAGCUAGGGCAGCUAGUGAAUUUACAACAUCUUCAAAUCUGUUCAAAUAAACUAUCCGGUAUGAUCCCACCAUCGAUUUACAACCUCUCAUCCAUCGUCCUUUUCUCUUUGACGAAUAACCGACUUCAUGGAAACCUUCCAGCCAAUCUAGGUCUCUCACUUCCUAAUCUCGAACUUCUUUGCCUUGGUGGGAAUGAAUUUACUGGAUUGAUACCAGUUACAUUACCCAAUGCUUCAGGACUUUCUUUGGUUGAUUUUGCUAAAAAUAAUUUUAGUGGACCCGUGCCUAAGAAUUUGGGAAGACUACAGUAUCUACGUUACUUAAAUUUACCUGCUAAUCAUCUGGGAGGUGGAGAAGGAGAUGAUGACUUCAGUUUCCUCACUUCUUUGACCAAUUGUAGCCUUUUGGAACAUUUAGAUUUAGGUUUCAAUAAUCUGAAAGGAUCAUUCCCUGCCACAAUCGUCAAUCUAUCUACAAACCUAAUCCUUCUAGGGUUAGGAGGAAACCCGAUAUCUGGAAGCAUCCCAACAGAUAUUAGCAAUCUCUUCAACUUAACUAGUCUAAGUAUAUCCAGGACCUUUAUUAUGGGUACUAUUCCUAUUGGUAUUGGGAAGCUUAAAAAUUUGAAAGGAUUGUAUUUGAACAGAAACAGGCUUUCAGGACAAAUCCCAUCCUCCAUUGGCAACAUCACUCGCUUGGUUAGACUCUUUUUAAAUGGAAAUCGCUUUCAUGGAAGUAUCCCUUUGAGUCUUGGAAACUGCCAUCAUCUUACGGCAUUAAGCCUUGGUAGAAACAAGCUGAACGGUACCAUUCCAAAAGAAGUUCUAAGUAUUCCGUCGCUGAUCCAACUUUCUGUAGAGGAGAAUUCUUUGGUCGGGUCUCUACCAACGCAGGUUGGGAACCUGGAACGAGUUCAAUAUUUGUCUGUUGCUCACAACAGAUUGAUGGGUGAAAUUCCCAGCACGCUGGGCAAUUGUCGGAGAUUGGAAACUCUUGAUUUGAGCAGUAACUUCUUUCAAGGAGCCAUUCCUCUGGAUUUGAACAACUUAACAAGUAUUAAACUGCUAAAUCUUUCUCAUAAUAACUUGUCUGGGCAUAUUCCAGCAGCUCUGGAGAAAUUCUCAUUUCUGGAGUACUUGGAUUUAUCAUCCAAUGACCUCGAUGGCGAAGUCCCAACUCAAGGAAUUUUCAAAAAUUCAAGCGCAGUUUCGGUCCUCGGAAACAACAAGCUUUGUGGAGGUAUCCCAAAAUUACAGCUGCCGGCAUGCCCAAAUAAAGCUCCUAAGACAGAUGGAAGGUCUGCUUCUUUAAGAGUAAUAUUCUCUGUGGUUGGUGCAGUUUUAGGUUUGGUUCUUUUAUCACCUCUCUUUGUUACUCUUUAUCGGGCGAGAAGAAAGUCCCACAAGAAGCCUUCAUCUGUUAUCAAUGGCCAAUUUUUAAAUGUUUCCUAUGCGGAUCUCUCUAAAGCGACUGGUGGGUUCUCUUCAGACAAUUUGAUUGGUGUGGGAGGUUAUGGUUCUGUAUUCAAAGGAAUUCUAGAUCGUGAUGAAACACUUGUUGCUGUGAAAGUUCUCAAUCUUCAACAACGAGGUGCUUCAAGGAGUUUCCUUGCUGAAUGUGAAGCCUUGAGAAAUAUCCGCCAUCGGAAUCUAGUUAAAAUCAUAACUGCUUGCUCAAGCAUUGAUUUUAAAGGAAAUGAUUUCAAAGCUCUAGUGUUUGAGUACAUGCCUAAUGGGAGUCUAGAGAAGUGGUUGCAUCCAAAUGUAAAUGGGCAGCAAGAGCUGAGGAGCUUGAACCUUAUUCAAAGGCUAGAUAUAGCCAUUGAUGUCGCCUCUGCAUUGGAGUAUCUUCAUCACUAUUGCGGCACUGCCGUCGUUCAUCGCGAUCUAAAACCAAGCAAUGUUCUGCUGGACUAUGAUAUGUGCGCCCAUGUGGGUGAUUUCGGAUUAGCAAGGAUUCUUUCUAAUGCUGCUGGUAAUACCUCUCAAGAUCAAACAAGCUCAACCGGUAUAAAGGGAUCUGUUGGUUAUAUUCCUCCAGAGUAUGGAAUGGGCAGAAAGGCAUCAAUGCAUGGAGAUGUCUACAGUUACGGCAUCCUUCUUUUAGAGAUGUUCACAGGAAAAAGACCAACUGAUGAAAUGUUUAAAGACGGUCUAAGCCUCCAUCAAUUUGUUAAGACGGCUUUACCCGAUGGAGUGAUGGAUAUCGUAGACCCAAGAUUGUUCUCAGAAGAAGUUCAAGCUCCGAUCAAUGGAGAACAGCGUCACGUUGCAAGAGUGCUUGGUUUCUGUGGCCAAAAUUGCUAUCGCGUGUUCUAUAGAAUCUCCAACGGAGAGGAUGCAGAUGAGAGAUAUUGCUACAGAAAUCCAUGCAAUCAGGGACUUAUAUCAUGGGGUUGGGAUUCACUAAGAACAGCAAAAUGGGAGACGUUUUUUGGGCCAAGUUUCAUCUUAUCUUAG